GAUUGUUUGUGCAUGUAUGUAUGCAUGUACGUAUAUGUAUGCAUGUCCACAUCCAUGGAGACUUUCGAGUUGAAUGGGCCACUGUCAUAUUAGACGCCACCGAGUCCACAUCCACUUAAAUUACGUUUUCCCCUGGCACCCGCCACCGUCAUGUUCUGUUAGACGCUUCCCAGUACGCUUCCCGUGUCGACGUCUCCGUCACUAUAGUGCCGUCCGUCCGGGGCUGGUCACUCGACUAGAAGGACCGAGCACGGACUCCAUUUUGUAGUGCGCAAGGUGUGCGCAAACUGGACAUCGUUUCCUUGAUUCUGUUGAGUCCUUUGGGGGAAACUGGCAUCUAUCUGAAUCAGAGUCAGCAUGUGUUGUUCUGCAGAAGUUGUCCUUGCCCUUGAACUUGGCACCCCAUCCCAUCAAUUGGACACCAGUGGUAAGGGUGGCAUUUUACACCGGCAGCAUUCUCGAAACAGUAACACCUUUAAAGUCAAUCGCACAAUGACAAGCGUUUGUAAACCACGCCGCGGUGACGUUUGCAAAUGAUUGCGGUUGUUCCAGUCCGCAAACUUUGUGAGCACUAGUGAAGUGCAUUUUCUCAAACUAGAAAGAGGCAUGGUGGCAGAAGCUAGCGCUGGCUUUAUGCCAGCCAGGUGGUUUGGAAGUUCUUUGGAAGCACCAUUCGCCCGUUGGACCAGCUGGUGCCGAGCGAUGCCUACCAUAUUAUGCCUGGCGUAUUUAGGUGGAAACUUCUCGAUGCAGGUAGCUGUGGAGGAUGUAUUGGCACCCUAUUUGGUUGUGAAUCUGGAGUGGCUUCCUUAACGGAGCGCAUGGAUCACAUGGCCAACAAGGUUGCCUUGAUGCACUUCACCCACGAUUUUUGUGAGAAGCUUGAAUAUGAAUCCCAGUUGCAGAUGUCGCGGCUGAAGCUUAAUGAGCUGGGUAGCACGAAGACACGCGAACCCAUCGCGACAACUCAGCUCCUCAACGGGGUCGUGGAGAUUCUCCUCCAACUACGCGAGGAAAGCCCGGCAGCGCCAUCGGCACUGGGCCCAGCAAGGACCUAUCGCCCAAGUUUGGGAACCCCAUCUUUGAGGACGGCCGAGAGGAGUUCCCCCCCGAGUCCUCCAGUGUCGCCCAGUGUGGGGGCCGCUUUCGUCAAGGGUGUGGAGCCGCUCAGAACUGCGGAGUUCGGCGCGGGUCCGCCGUCGCCGGUGCAUGUGCCGAUUCUCGUGGAUCACCUGCAAAGUACCCUGGAGUGUGGUGGCUUGGCCUUGGGCCGCGGCACCUGGGCCAACGCCUACCGCUCGGCACCCCACGGCAGUCGACGGCGCCAAGCGCUGAAGAUGCUUUGCGAGCUGGGCAUCGUCACGGAGAAGGAGCUGGCUGAUGAUCUGACCGUCAUUAGCGAUGAACAUAUCGAAGAGUGCGUCUCCAUCGGGUUGACCAUGCUUCAACGAUGGCCGAACCAUGCCCCACCACCUUUGGAAGCGAAGGAGUUCUUCCAAGCGCAGCUAGAAGCGAUGUACCGGGACAAAGUUCCCUCUCCCGUUUGAUGCCGCCAGACAGCUAGAAACCUG